AUGGGUGAAGGUAAAGUUUUUGAACAACUAGCAACCCAAUCUUAUGCUUAUUUUGCUUACUAUGCCAAAUUAGGAGCCGAAAAAGCCAAAGCCGGAGCCAAAAAGUUUAAAAACUUUAACGAAGCAAUCGAGCAAAAAGCCCGCGAAACCAAAAUAGAGUAUCAACAGGCUAUCCGCAAAGAAGAAUUUCGCCAAAUCAACCAAGAGAUUAUUGAUGGUUCCGAAAACUAUAACCCGCAAUUAGUGGAAAGAACUGAUACAGAAUUGAUGGAUUGA